AUGUCCGAUCCUCUCGGCCUUAUAUCCAACUCCCGCUUCCACCGCCGUGCCACCUUCGACACAGCAUGUGGUUCGCUGGCAGUCUCUUUUGCCGAGAUUGGCUGCGUCACGGGCCCCGCGCUGCUCUUUCUGCCGGGUAUGUUUGCCUCGCGCUAUGUGGGCAUCCAUCUGCACGCGCUUGCAGAGCGCGCUGGCGUGCGUCUGCUCGUCGUCGACCGACCGGGCAUGGGCGCAUCGACUGAUGUUCCACUUAGCCAGCGAGUCUCCACUUGGGUCGAUCUGGUACCGCGCCUGUUAGCAUAUCUCGGUAUUGCGCGCGUCAAUCUUGUCGCUCACAGCGCAGGCACGGUGUUUUUGCUCAAUAUCUGGGCUCAAUGCCGUGAACUCUUGAACCCAGAUAUUUUCUUUCUAGCUCCUUGGGUUGAUACCGCCAACUCGCACGUGACAGUAAUGCAAAUGGCACAGUAUAUACCAACCAAAGCCUUCACUCUCUGGCACCAUAUCCCACGCUUCUUCGUAACGCAGGGAGCCCCUAUGCUAGCGACAAGUGGUGGUUUGAUUCGCAAGUUGACAUCGACAUCACGUACUGGUGAGGCGACAGAGGAGAAUCAUGUAUCUCUCGAUGCUAAUGGGCGGAGCAUCGAACAUGACUAUGGCGUUUUACCGGCGGAACAGGCCGAGCUCCUUCGCCAUGCCCUUCGCUUCAUGUACGAUGAGAAUACUGUCGGCGCUAAUAGCGAGGCUCUUCAGUGUCUUCGAAAGGGAGACAGUGACUGGGGGGUCUGCUCGGAUUAUGCUCAAUUCGCACAGAUGAUGGCUGAGCGCGAACAAUCCAUGGAUGAUCGAGUUCGUAUCCAUGCAUAUUUUGCUGCUACGGAUGCGUUGGUGGGUAGUCGGGGGCAAGAAUAUUUUAAGAAAUGUUGGCAGGCACCAGGUAUAGAGGCCAUUGACUUUAUUGCCACGACGGUUGUUGGGACAGAUCAUGAUACUCUGAUUCAGUCAGAGGAAGUGUGGACUGCGAUAAUGGCCUCGAUAGGUGGGCGUGAAUAA